UGAUUGCUCUCCGGGCAAGAGAACAACUGAGAAAAUUCCUGUUUGCAACUUCCAUGAGAUGGCAGAGUACUUCAAUAAGAAAUCUGAUAUCUCAGGCAACAUUCCCCUUGGAAGUUUCAAUUCAAUGUUCAAUUUCACUGGUUCUUGGCAAGUUGAUGCGGCAACUACCAAAUCCCUUGCCAUGGUUGGAUACAUAAUUCCUCUUUUUACAGUUAAACUAGAAAAGCCAAAUUUAAUUUUGCGUGAGGAAGUUAAACGAGCUGUUCCUUAUUCUUGGGAUCCUGCAUCAUUGGCAAGUUUUAUUGAGAAUUUCGGAAAACAUAUUGUUACAUCUGCAACAAUUGGUGGAAGUGAUGUAGUUUACAUAAGGCAGCACCAGUCAUCUCCUUUGACAGGAUUAGAUAUAGAGAAUUAUGUAAAAGACAUGGGUGAUCAUAGAUUUCAGGACUCAAAUAGCCAGUCAACCGCUGGCCCCUUAAAAUACAAAGACAAGGAUGUUACAGUAAUUUUUAGAAGAUGAGGGGGAGACGAUCUUGAACAAAGUCAUUCCAAGUGGGCAGAGACUGUAGGAUUAGCACCCGAUGUGAUAAACAUGACGUUCACUCCCAUUGUUUCUUUACUUGAAGGAGUACCUGGAAUAAAGCAUUUAGCUCGUGCAAUCGAGUUAUAUUUGGAAUGUAAGACACAACCUAAACUUACUUCAUUAAACAACCAUAUUGGCAUAAAUCAGACAUUAAGAACAUUGUUUUAUUUCGUAAUGUAUGAUGUUAUAAAUCUGACACUAUGCUUCUUAGUGAGAAUGCUAACUUGAGAUAUGGAAAAUAAUGUUAAUAAAGUUACCAACUUGAACUCCAUUUCUUACUAGUAAAAGGGCUCACAUUUUAGUGUAAAUUGGUUGAAGAUCUUCUAGUACUUGCAUGUUUAUGUUAAACAAUGAACUUCUUGCUAUUUUUGUGGGGGUUGAAUGUUUCUUCACAACUCACUGCAUCCCUUGCUGAGAAUGAGCAGAAGCCAGUCAGCAAAAUGCUGCCAUUGGCUAGUCUAAGUUGGGUGGCGGCCAGUAGUUCGUGAUACGGAAAAGCUUUAGUUAGUAGGAAUAAAGUGAAACUGCCU